AUGGCGGUUCCGUCUGCGUCGUUGUCAACAAGAAACAAGAAGCACUUUUUAGGCGUGCCAGCGCCGCUAGGUUAUGUAGCUGGUGUUGGCAGAGGGGCGACUGGCUUUACAACUCGUUCUGAUAUCGGACCAGCAAGAGAUGCAAAUGACGUUUCAGACGACAGACAUGCUCCUCCGACUAAGCGAGUUAAAAAGAAGGAGGAAGAGGAGGAGGACGAGGAAGAUCUUAAUGAUUCCAACUAUGAUGAGUUUUCUGGCUAUGGUGGAUCCCUUUUUAGCAAGGACCCUUAUGACAAGGACGACGAAGAAGCAGAUGCAAUCUACGAGGCCAUUGACAAGCGAAUGGACGAAAAGCGCAAAGAGUAUCGGGAAAAACGUCUCAGGGAGGAAUUGGAGCGUUACCGUCAAGAACGACCAAAGAUUCAACAGCAGUUUUCUGACUUGAAAAGAGAGUUAGUGAACGUCACUGAAGACGAUUGGAAGAACGUCCCGGAAGUUGGAGAUGCAAGGAAUCGUAAGCAGAGGAAUCCAAGAGCUGAGAAGUUCACGCCAUUGCCUGAUUCCGUGCUUGCGAGGAACCUGGGAGGGGAGACUGCGUCAAGUAUUGAUCCUACCAGUGGCUUGGCUUCGAUGAUGCCAGGAGUAGCCACACCGGGAAUGCUGACCCCGACAGGGGAUCUAGAUUUGAGGAAGAUUGGACAGGCCAGGAAUACUCUGAUGAACGUCAAGCUCAACCAGGUCUCCGAUUCGGUGGAGGGGCAGACCGUGGUCGAUCCAAAAGGUUAUCUCACCGAUCUGCAGAGUAUGAUUCCUACAUACGGUGGAGACAUCAACGACAUUAAGAAGGCCAGAUUGCUUCUGAAGUCCGUGAGAGAGACGAACCCUAACCAUCCUCCUGCAUGGAUCGCCUCUGCUCGUUUAGAGGAAGUCACUGGGAAGGUGCAGGCUGCCAGGAACCUGAUAAUGAAGGGCUGCGAGGUCAAUCCAACUUCCGAAGACCUUUGGCUGGAGGCUGCGAGACUUCAACCACCGGAGACUGCCAGAGCGGUGAUAGCUCAGUCGGUGAGACACAUCCCCACUUCCGUCAGGAUCUGGAUAAAGGCUGCCGACCUAGAGAUAGAGCCGAAGGCCAAGAGGAGGGUCUAUCGAAAGGCUCUGGAGCACAUUCCCAACUCGGUGAGGCUCUGGAAGGCUGCGGUGGAGCUCGAGGAACCCGAAGAUGCUCGCAUAUUAUUAAGUCGCGCCGUUGAGUGCUGUCCGACCAGCGUCGAUCUGUGGCUCGCCCUUGCCAGGCUCGAGACCUACGACAACGCCAGGAAGGUCCUCAACAAGGCUCGAGAGAACAUCCCAACGGAUAGGCAGAUUUGGACCACGGCUGCCAAACUCGAGGAGGCCAAUGGAAACAAACACAUGGUGGAGAAGAUCAUCGACAGAGCCAUCUCCUCGUUAAGUGCGAAUGGCGUCGAGAUUAACAGGGAACAUUGGUUCAAAGAGGCCACGGAAGCUGAAAAAGCUGGAGCAGUCCAUUGUUGUCAGGUUAUCAUCAAGGCUAUCAUCGGGUUUGGGGUCGAAGAAGAAGACAGGAAGCAUACUUGGAUGGAAGAUGCCGAGAGUUGUGCGCAGCAAGGAGCACUGGAAUGUGCCAGAGCAGUCUAUGCUUACGCUUUGACUACGUUUCCGAGUAAAAAGUCGAUCUGGCUGCGAGCAGCUUACUUCGAAAAGACUUAUGGUACCCGAGAGUCUCUGGAAACCCUUUUGCAAAGGGCAGUGGCUCAUUGUCCCAAAAGCGAGGUACUGUGGCUCAUGGGAGCCAAAUCCAAGUGGCUGGCGGGUGACGUACCUGCAGCCAGGGGCAUUCUUUCGCUAGCCUUCCAGGCCAAUCCCAAUUCGGAGGAGAUCUGGCUAGCUGCCGUCAAAUUGGAGUCUGAGAACUCGGAGUAUGAGAGGGCUAGACGAUUACUGGCCAAGGCCAGAGCCUCUGCUCCUACUCCUCGGGUCAUGAUGAAAAGCGCCAAGCUGGAGUGGGCCCUCGAUAACCUCACCGCAGCUCUGCAUCUUCUGAAGGAGGCCAUCGAAGCUUUCGAUGACUUCCCCAAAUUGUGGCUCAUGAAGGGACAGAUCGAGGAACAGCAGGAGAACCUGGAUAAGGCUCUCGAGACUUACAAUCAAGGGAUCAAGAAGUGUCCUACAUCGAUACCUCUCUGGCGUUUACUGGCACAGUUGGAGCACCGUAAGGGCCAAGUCACCAAAGCUCGAUCCGUUUUGGAGAAGGCUCGUCUGCGUAACCCAAAGAAUGCAGAAUUAUGGCUCGAAGCUGUCAGAAACGAGGUUAAACCUGGAGGUGCCAGGGACAUGGCGAACACUUUGAUGGCUAAAGCACUACAGGAGUGUCCCACGUCGGGAUUACUCUGGGCGGAGGCAAUAUUUAUGGAGGCUCGUCCUCAGAGGAAGACAAAGAGUGUAGAUGCCCUCAAAAAAUGCGAACAUGAUCCACAUGUGCUCUUAGCUGUUUCGAAGCUUUUCUGGUGCGAAAGGAAGAUCUCCAAGUGUAGGGACUGGUUCAACCGUACUGUCAAAAUAGAUCCUGAUCUUGGCGAUGCUUGGGCGUAUUUUUAUAAAUUCGAGCUCCUGCAUGGCACCGAAGAACAGCAGGAAGAUGUCAAGAAACGCUGCGUGGCUGCGGAGCCUCACCAUGGGGAGCACUGGUGCAAGGUAUCGAAGAAUAUUGUCAAUUGGUGUCUUGGUAUCGAUCAAAUUUUGGUCUUGGUUGCCAAAGACAUACCGAUACCAAUAUAGAUAUUGCGAAAAGCUUGACAACGAACUUGUACAUUUUGCUUAAUAUGUAUCGAUGAGAUAGUAUUAAGUACUGAGAGUCUGUGGUGCAGGAGUUUGAGGACACCCUGCAUGACUACGCUUGUAUAUUUAAUCUUAUGUUAGUUGAUAAGAUCCUGGAGAGUAUAUUGCAAUCAUAUAAAUGAUACGUCGAA